AUGGCGAUUCGAUUUUUUGAAGGAUGGGGCCGAUUCGUGCCGAUGAUCGGAUACCAUCAUGUGUUGAUGAUUGUGAUUGCUGUGGCGAUUAUCUUACUAUCACUCCUGUUGGCCGGAUGUUCUUCAUCAUCCCCGCAAAUCCCUAGCAUCUUCCUGAUCUCCAUGUACUAUGAGAAGUACAAGCCAACGUUCAACCUCGCCCAGGUCUUCCCCGACGAGAUCACGGCCAUCUCCCACAUCGUUGGUACAGCCGAACUUGAGGUCCGCGUGGGAUACUUUGGUAUCUGUGUCUCGCCAGAUGGGGGAGCAUUUAUCUGUAAUGCCAACGCCACUGCCUUGGCAGAGAUCGUGACCACGGAGCAAGAUCCCAUGAACUUGAUUUGGGUCGCUUCAACGUUCAAGGAUGCGGUAGUGUUCCCAUAUCUCCUAAUCGUUGCCAUCGUUCUCGCGUUUUUCUGCUUCAUCCUUCUGGCGACCUUCCCCGGCUGGCACGAGGAGGUCGACGAGUCCGGCUCUGAGCGCGAAGUCAAACCCUUCCCCUCUCGACCGGUCUCCCAGGCCGCCCUCGCCCUGAUCUUUGUCGCCUCCGUGUUUGUUCUCGUCUCCGUAUUAUGGCAACAUACGGCUUCCGUCGCUGCAAGCACAAUAGCCCAAGAUAUGGGCAAUGGCAGCAUCAAGAGCGGUGUCGGUACCUCCGCCAUGGUACUGGGUUGGUUCGGAUUCGUGCUCAUGGUCGUUGUCACGAUCGGUCUUUUGGUGAUGAUUCUCAGCAUCAGCUUGAUCCGGAAACUGACCGACGAUGAGUGA